CGCCGAGGCGGGACUUCCGGCCUCCUCCGUGGCGGUCACUCUGCGCCUCCCGGACCCUUACAUCGCGUCGGAGGCUUGCGGAGCGGUGGGCCCAGAAGGCCCCGCUGGCACCGGGGAGGCGCCGGAGUCCCGGUUUCCGCCGCGGAGACGCGGGGCCGAGGCCGGCGGCUCCUCCGGGGACUGACCGGAUCGAGACCGAGGCCGCCCACCCGGGCCGCCCCCGCCCGCAGAGCCCGAUGGCGGCGGCGGCGGCCGCUUCGCCGAGGCGCCCGGAUGAGGACCGCGUGGCCUUUGAGGAUGUGGCUCUGCACUUCUCCCAGGAGGAGUGGCGCCUCCUUCCUGAGGCUCAGAGAAGCCUGUACCUCGAAGUGAUGCUGGAGAACUUUGCCCUUGUGUCCUCUCAGGGCUGCUGUUGUGGAACAAAGAAUGUGGAGGAUCCAUGUGAACAGAGCAUUCCUGUGGGAGUAUCCCAGGCCAGGACUUCAAGAGAAUCUCAGUCUUCCCAGAAGAUCCACCCCUGUGAGAUGUGUGGUCCAGUCUUGGCUGAUAUCUUUCAUUUGACUGAGCACCAGGAAACACUACACAGACUGAGCUGUGGGGCGUGUGGAAAACAAUUUUCUUUCAGUGCAAACUGUCGGCAUGACCAGGAGCAGCUCCGGGGAGAGGCACUCUUGGUGAGCACUGCGGAUAGACCCUCGUUUGCAAAGAGCUGCGAUUUCAGGAAGUCACAGAAGCCCUCCACCCGUGAGGGGGUUGGGAAGAACUGCCCGGCCGCCUCAGGUCAUCUACAACAGGCCACUCACACCACAGCGAAGCCGAACAAAAGCUCCAAACGUAAGGGGACUUCUCAGCACAGAAAAAGGAACAGCACUAGGGAAGAGCGCGAGAAAGCCUUCAGUUCUAAGCACACGCACGUGCAGGACUCGGGAGCCAACAGUAAAAAGCAGGGUUUUGCGUGCCGUGAGUGCGGGAAAAGAUUCAGGUACAAAUCCUCAGUUGUUAUUCACCAGAAACUCCACGAUGACAGUGUUUUUGUAUGUGAUGACUGUGGGAAAUCCUUUAGGGGAAGCUCAGCCUUCACUCAGCACCGAAGAAUUCAUGCAGCCGCGAGGCAGCUCAAGUGUGGCAAAUGUGGGAAGUCUUUUAACCAAAAAUUUGUCCUCAUUUACCCUCAGAGAAGCCACACUGGAGAAAGUUGCUUCGUCUGUUGUGAAUGUGCGCCAUCUUUUAGGCAAAGCUCUGCUCUCAGUCCACAGCAACAGACAGUUUGUUCUGGGGAAACGAGUUUUGAGUGCGCCGAAUGCGGGAAAUUCUUUAAACGGAAAACUGACCUCAUUGAACAUGGGAGAUGUCAUACAGGAGAAAGGCCUUUCGAGUGUAGUGAAUGUGGGAAAGCUUUUACGUCUUGUUCUGCCCUCCGCUAUCAUCAGAGAGUUCACAGUGGAGAAAAGCCUUAUAAAUGCAAUGAAUGUGGGAAGUUUUUUACCUCUAGUUCUGGCCUCCGUUAUCAUCAGAGAGUUCAUACAGGAGAACGACCAUUCGAGUGUAGUCAUUGUGGGAAAUGUUUUACUCAAGUAAACCACCUCAUUAUACACCGAAGAAUCCACACAGGGGAAAGGCCUUAUGAGUGCAGUGAAUGUGGGAAAUCUUUUAGCCACAAAUCUUACCUGUCCCAACACCAGAGAGUUCACACUGGAGAAAAGCCUUUUGAAUGUAGUGAAUGUGGGAAAUCUUUCACCUCUGGCUCUGCCCUCUGUUAUCAUCAGAGAGUUCACUCUGGAGAAAAACCCUAUGAGUGCAGUGAUUGUGGGAAAACGUUUACCAAUGGACCAAUACUCAUUCGACACCGCAGAGUUCACACCGGAGAAAGGCCUUACGAAUGCAGUGAAUGUGGGAAAUCUUUCACCCAAAGAAAUCAUCUCAAUAUACACCAGAGAGUUCACACAGGAGAAAGGCCUUACGAGUGUCGUGAAUGUGGAAAAUGCUUUACCUCUGGCUCCUCCCUUCGUUAUCAUCAGAAAGUUCAUGUUGGAGAAAAGCCUUAUGAGUGCAGUGAAUGUGAGAAAUCGUUUAUCUCUAACUCUGCCCUCCGUUGUCAUCGGAGAGUUCACACAGGAGAAAGGCCUUUUGACUGCAAUGAAUGUGGGAAAUCUUUUAGGGAUAGUUCCCAGUUGAAUCAACACCAGAGGGUUCACACUGGAGAAAAACCUUACGAAUGUACUGAUUGUGGGAGAACCUUUAGCCAGAAUUCGUACCUCUCUAAACACAGGAGAAUUCACACUGGAGAAAGGCCUUAUGAGUGUAGUGAAUGUAAGAAGGCUUUUACUUCUGUCUCUGCCCUCGGAUAUCAUCAGAGAGUCCACACAGGAGAAAGGCCUUACCAGUGCAGUGAAUGUGAUAAGUCUUUCACAAACAGCUCCAUACUCAUUCGACACCGCAGACUUCACACGGGAGAAAAGCCCCACGAGUGCAAUCAAUGUGGGAGGUCCUUUACCCAAAGAAUUCACCUCACUAUUCACCAGAGAGCUCACACAGGAGAAAGGCCUUACGAGUGCAGCGAGUGUGGGAAAUCUUUUACUUCCCGCUCCACCCUCCAGUAUCAUCACAGAGUUCACACGGGAGAACGGCCUUUUGAGUGCAUUGAAUGUGGCAAAUUUUUUACCCGAAAAUCUAACCUCGCUCAGCACUCGAGAGUUCACAGUGAAGGAAGGCCUUAGAUGUAUAGGCCUUCUAAGGUGGUUUUGUUUGUUUGCUUGCGUUUUUUGUUUUCAGUAUUAAUAACACUGUAGGAAACUCUGAGGUUCCGUUUGCCUGAAUUUAAUCUCGGGCAUAAGACAUCAACAGUAGGGAGGUUCCCUGUAAGUGUUAGUUAUGUGGGAAGCACGUGUGUCUACGUUGCACUUUCUGAUCUACACACAUCUCUUGCCAGAUUUUCGUCACUACAGAGGCCUCUGGUCAGAGAUGUUUCACCUAUAACUUCUAGAAGAUUCCCACAGUUUGCAUCAGUCACCAUACUAAUGUGCUCAGGGCAGCUUACUCUGUUUCUUGGUUUGUUGGAGGAAAUUAGGAAUAGCCUGAGCUCUUAGGGGAUCUGCAUUCUGUUCAUUCUGAACAGUUGGGGAAUGGACCUGACACAGUGAUAACCCGGAAAAUGUCAUCUGGCAGCCCGAGAAGGACUUCCUCAGGGGCCUGGCUUCCCUGGAUACCUGUGACAAAUAUUCCCAAUUUCCAAGUCACCAUUGCAAGAAGUACCAGGUUCGUGUUCCUUGGGUUUGUAAAAUAAUGGGUGUCUUACCUUUUUUUAAGUACUCUUCGAUCCUGGGGAUAUUAGUUAAUGUGUGGCAUAAUUUAUAAGCAAAUUUGGGUUCUUCAAAAAACUUUUUAUGUGAGGGGCCUCAAAAUUUCUCUGUAUUACAGGGGAUGGCCUGAGCACAGAAACUAGCUCACCAGGUUUUACCAAAUCUGCAUUACUGUUCACAUCUUUUGAGGAAAGAUUGCAGGGCUUUCUGGUCAUGUGAAGCUUAAAUGCUAUGAACUUUAGGAGCCUCAGAAAUCACCCUAAAGAGGGUCACGGGUUGCAACCUCAAGUGCUUCUGGGAGCAGCAUUAAUUUGUACCUUGUUCACAAGGUAUGCCAGUACUUUUGAAGGGAAUUAUCUUCCAAGUUCUUAUAAAGAGCCAUGUGCCCUUAUGUCCACAAUUAUGUGGUUGAUGGUAACUGGCUGUGGGAUGUAGCGGUUAGAGGAAAGCUGUGCUUGCUACGGAAUCACUAGCCUAAUUGGUUUUGUUGAAGACUGCAUCCAACUAAAUGUGCCUCCUAAAUGUGCAUCCAAAAUUGUUUCUGCGAAAAAGAAUAUAUCAGUGUUGACACAAGUCUGAGGGUCUCCAGGCAUGUUUACCUUCUGUGACUUAUGAUAAAAGAUUUUUAGUCCUAGCCAGUGUUGCUCAGUGGUUGAGCAUCGACCUAUGAACCAGGAGGUCACAAUUUGUUUCCUGGUCAAGGCACAUGCCUGGCUUGUGAGCUCAAUCCCCAGUAGGGAGUGUGCAGGAGGCAGC